GGACACAGAUCUGUCAGGCAAGCCGGCAAAGAGACGUUAAAUUAAUUUACAAACUUCUUGAAAACAGACUAGCAAGGUUGCACAGCUUAAACUAGAGUUAGCAUUUCUAACAAUAACUUCGAAGGUAUUUGCAACAUCUCUUUCGGAUUUUCUUUUUUUUGCUUUGACUGCGAAAGCAUUAUGCAACUGGAAGGCAGAUCGGCAAGAGGCAUACUGCUAGGAACUGCCACAUACACUCAAUGAGUCAUUGUUAACUGCACUAGCAUGUAUGAGCUGCAGUGUGCGGCACCAGCAUCUGCAUUCUAAGAUCCACACUUUAGUUUCUCUAUUUUCUCUAAAGGACAGUUUGUUGUUUUUCUUAUUUGUGUUGUUUAAUUUGAUUCGGAAUCGAUUUUUUUUUAGAUUCAGGUGUACAGUUUCAAUGCUCCAGUACUACGUAGUGUGUAUAUUGGCCACCGGUAUACAUUCAUUUUUCUCUAUCGCCUGCAAAGUGAUUUUUACUAAUGCUAGAUAAACUGAAACCCGUUCAUUUCAAUUCGGUGAUAACGACAAUGAGCAAGACCGUGGGUUGGUUAAAGGAGCAGCUCCAGACAGGCAAUGAUAGCCUGCUGGUAAUGGACUGCCGAGCCCAGGAACUCUACCAGUCCUCGCAUGUCGAGGCAGCCAUAAACGUGGCCAUCCCCAGCCUCAUGCUUCGGCGACUUAAGAAGGGCAACCUGCCUAUCAAAUCGCUGUUAGCUAACGGGGAGGACAAGGAGAAAUUUGUCCGGAGGUGUAGGACAGACACAAUCGUGCUUUACGACGAGUACAGCUGCGAGUGGAAUGAGAACGUGGACGGAGACUCAGUGCUGGGGCUCCUGCUGAGGAGAAUGAAGGAUGAAGGCUACAGGGCUUUUUACUUGGAAGGCGGAUUUAAUACAUUUCAAGCAGAGUUUCCUGCACACUGCGAAACUAAUCUGGACAGCUCCUGCAGCAGCAGCUCUCCCACAACGCCAGUGCUUGGGUUAGGGGGGCUAAGAAUCAGCUCUGACUCCUCCGAUAUCGAAUCUGACAUUGACCGGGACCCCCACAGUGCCACCGACUCUGACGGCAGCCCCUUGUCCAAUACCCAGCCUUCUUUCCCCAUUGAGAUCCUGCCUCACCUCUACCUGGGAUGUGCCAAAGACUCCACCAACCUAGACAUUUUGGAAGAAUAUGGAAUUAAGUACAUCCUGAAUGUGACCCCGAAUCUCCCGAACCUGUUUGAGAAUGCUGGGGAGUUCAAGUACAAGCAGAUCCCUAUCUCCGAUCACUGGAGCCAGAACCUCUCUCAGUUCUUCCCGGAGGCAAUCAGCUUUAUUGAUGAAGCACGCAGCAAGAAGUGUGGUGUUUUAGUCCACUGCUUAGCUGGGAUCAGCCGUUCCGUUACAGUGACCGUGGCGUACCUGAUGCAGAAGCUAAACCUGUCCAUGAAUGACGCUUAUGAUAUAGUAAAAAUGAAGAAAUCUAACAUUUCCCCAAACUUCAAUUUCAUGGGCCAGCUGCUGGACUUUGAGAGGACCCUAGGAUUGAACAGUCCUUGUGAUAACCGAAUCACUACCCAGCCUCUCUACUUCUCUACUCCCACCAACCACAAUGUUUUCCAGCUCGACCCUCUCGAGUCCACGUGAGCACUGUCAGCCCUGACCUGCCAGUGACCGCUCUUGAAAUAUUUUUGUCUUUUUGUCAAGAACCUUGACAAGAUUGACAGAACUGGUCUGAUCUAACAGCUGUCGGAUGUGCUUACUGAAGAUGUGGGAGACUAAUCUAUGGAAGCAGCUGUAGCAGAGAGGAAGGGCCAUGACUCUUCUUUCUUUCUUUCUUUCUUUCUUUCUUUCUUUCUUUCUUUCUUUCUUUCUUUCUUUCUGUCUCUUGGACUGAGAACAUUUAAUUGUCCCAAAGGUUAGAAGAGAAGGUGGUGGUGCACAGUUGCAUGUGUGCAGUGGACUGGAAAACCAAGAAAUCCAAAGAGAUGUGGUUGGCUAACUGGACUUUUUUAAAAGCACUUGCGCCUACAAACUGAUUUUAGCUUUGGAUGUAUA